AUGCCCAAAUCGAGCUAUGGCACGCGCCCAAUAGCCGUGGUAACUGGAGCGUCAAGGGGGUUGGGAAGAGCCCUCGCCUCACACCUAUCUGCACAAGGGUAUUUAGUGAUAGCUGGCCAACGCGCACCUGCCCCUAAAUCAUGCAAUUUCGAUAUAAGACACUUAAGACUGGAUCUCGCUGACGAAGACAGCCUUGAGGCUUUCUGCCAUUAUCUUCUCGACAAUCUCCCAUGCAUCGAUGUCCUCGUCAACAAUGCUGCAAGUUGUCCUGAUCAUCCUGGUGACACAGCAAAGUCCGCCUCCUAUUGGAAUUCGGUUUUGCAAGUGAAUUUUUUCGCCUCCGUGCGCCUCACCGAGAGUUUGCUUCCGUUACUUCAACAAUCACUCAAAUAUCCACGAGUGGUCAACAUCUCAUCUGGGGAUGGGGAGCUUCUUUUCUUUUCAGAGUCCCUAAAACCCCGACUGGAGCGAUUGGAAGCUUGUAACUCAACCAUUCAGCUCAUACGAGAAGUGGAGAGUAUCGCCAACAAUAUCCUGGACGACUCCUUCGGGAUUCCGAUCGAUGAGCUCAUUUACAACGGGCAGCCAGCUUACAAGUUGUCAAAAGCGCUGCUAAACGGAUAUACAAGGUUCGCAAGUCGCCGACAGGAACGACUACAAAGCCCUGAAGUGGCCUUUGUAUCUGUAUGUCCCGGAGAUGUCGAUACGGAAAUGGCUGAUUUUGAUGCUAUUCUCAUCUCACCAGAGGACGCUGUUUGGAGAUUGGCUUCCGUUCUUGUGGCUUCGAAGCCGUGUAAAACCGGCGUCUUUCUACGGGAGGGCAAGGAGAUCUCAUGGUAG